CCAUCCCCAUUUUGUAAAAUCAUCGGCGCCCCCCAUCAUCCCUCAGAGUCAGGACGAUGGACGAUGAAGAGAAAAUGUUAGCUCAAGAGACCAAGGAGCUGCUGCUUUCUCUCCCCAAAGAGAAAGGCUGGAGAACUUCUUGUCUCUAUAAAUUCCAGGGAUUUUGGUGCCAGCCCAAGGAGAUCCAAUCCAUUAUCUCUUUCCAAAACAACUUCCAGGCCAGGGAAACGGACGUGGUGCUUGCCACCAUACCAAAAUCUGGCACCACCUGGAUUAAAGCAUUGACCUUUUCAAUCCUUAAUCGCCGCCGUUUUCCUCCCUCUUCACCCACCCAUCCCCUGUUCACGUCCAACCCUCACGAUCUCGUCCCCUUCUUCGAAUACAAACUCUUUUCAAACUCAAACCACCAAUUUCCCGAUCUCUCUACCCUUCCCAACCCAAGACUGUUCGCCACUCACCUUUCGUUCCAUUCGUUGAAUGAAUCGGUGAAGAAGUCAGGCUGCCCGGUUGUUUACGUCUGCCGGAACCCAUUUGAUACCUUCGUUUCCUCGUGGCAUUAUCUUAACAAACUGAGACCAGAUCCUCAACCGAAGUUGCCUCUGGAGCAAGCUUUCGAAUUGUACUGUAAAGGGGUGAUCGGGUUCGGCCCCUUCUGGGAACACAUGCUGGGGUACUGGAAUGAGAGCCGGAUGGGGCCACAGAAUGUGCUGUUUUUCAAGUACGAGGACAUGAAACAAGAUACUGUUUCGUACCUGAAAAUACUGGCGAGAUUCCUGGGCAUGCCUUUCACGGAGGAGGAGGAGGAAGAAGGUGUGGUGGAGGAGAUAGUGAUGUUGUGUAGCUUUGAGAAGAUGAAAGACUUGGAGGUGAAUAAAAGCGGGAAAUCAAUCAAGAACUUUGAGAACAGGCAUUUGUUCAGGAAAGCCGAGGUGGGUGAUUGGGUCAAUCACCUGCCCCCGGCCAUGGUGGAGCAGCUUUCCAAAGUAAUGGAGGAAAAAUUAGGCAGUUCUGGCCUGAAAUUCAGGGUGUUUUAGUAAUUUGCUCUAAAUAAUUAAUUAGCGCAUUUUCAAAAAGCACUUUCUACACCUUAUGGUAUCAUAUGGGAAAUUAUAGGUAAUAAUAUAUAUGAGAUUAAUGGAUGUUUGUAUGUAUGGUAAAAAAUUAAAAAA